AUGCCUCCUUCCGCUGCCAAGGAGAAGAGACUUGCCAAAAAGGCCGCCGACGGCAAGCUCAAGAACAAGUCGGGCACCAGCACGCCCAAGGGCCCCGAGCUUGAUGCCAACGGCAAACCCAUCCAGAGCGACGGCCCCGCCACCACCGACUUGGACGAGGUCAGACGUCUGACGGACCAGAUGGACAAGCACGGCAUCUCGGACCGCGUAACCACCGGUGUCCUCUCCUCUACUGCCACCAGCAAGGACGUCAAGAUCACCUCGACCAGCUUGGUCUUCCACGGCCGCGUCCUCAUCACCGACUCGACGCUCGAACUUUCAUUUGGUCGCCGCUACGGUCUCCUCGGCGAGAACGGUUGCGGUAAAUCCACCCUGCUCCGGUCCAUCGCCGCCCGCGAGUUUCCCAUUCCCAACCAUCUUGAUAUCUACCUGCUCAACGAGGGUGCCCCCCCUUCUGAGCAUGGCGCUCUUGAGUGGGUCGUCAAGGAGGCUGAGGCCGAGAUGGACCGUCUCGACAAGUUGGCCGAGAAGCUACUCGAGGAAGAGGGUCCCGAGAGCCCUGUCCUCAUUGAUCUCUACGACCACAUGGACCGCAUGGACCCCUCCACCUUCUCUACCCGUGCCUCCCUUAUUCUCACCGGUCUUGGCUUCAACAAGAAGACCAUCCACAAGAAGACCAAGGACAUGUCUGGUGGUUGGAGAAUGCGUGUCGCCUUGGCAAAGGCCUUGUUUGUCAAGCCCUCGGUCCUGCUGCUGGACGACCCUACUGCGCAUUUGGACCUCGAGGCCUGUGUGUGGCUGGAAGAGUACCUUAAGAAGUGGGAGCGCACCCUCGUCCUGGUCUCCCACUCGAUGGACUUUCUCAACGGUGUCUGCACCAGCAUGAUUGACAUGCGCGGAACUAAGCUCAUGUACUAUGGUGGUAGCUACGACUCCUACGCCAAGACCCGUGCCGAAAACGAAACGAACCAGAUGAAGGCCUACCACAAGCAGCAGGAAGAAAUUGUUCACAUCAAGAAGUUUAUUGCCAGUGCCGGUACCUAUGCCAACCUGGUGCGUCAGGCCAAGUCGCGCCAGAAGAUUCUCGACAAGAUGGAGUCCGACGGUUUCAUCCAGCCCGUCGCGGCCGACCGUGUUUUUACUUUCCGCUUCGCUGACGUGGAUAAGCUGCCACCGCCCGUUCUGUCGUUUGACGACGUCACUUUCUCAUACUCUGGAAACCCAGAGGAUGAUCUGUACCGCAAUCUCGACCUCGGUUUCGACAUGGACUCGCGUACUGCCCUGGUCGGCCCCAACGGUGUCGGCAAGUCGACUCUGCUGCGCCUCAUGACUGGCAAACUGUCCCCCACCGGCGGCUCCGUGACUCGCCACACCCACUUGAAGCUGGGCCUCUACUCGCAACACAGCGCCGAGCAGCUGGACCUGACCAAGUCCGCUCUCGAUUUUGUCCGUGACAAGUACAGCGAAAAAUCGCAGGACUACCAGUUCUGGCGCCAGCAGCUUGGCCGCUACGGUCUGACUGGCGAGUCGCAGACUGCCCUCAUGGGCACCCUGUCUGAGGGUCAGCGCAGCCGUGUCGUGUUUGCCCUUUUGGCCAUUGAGUCGCCCAACAUGCUCCUGCUGGACGAGCCUACCAACGGUCUCGAUAUCCCUACUAUUGACAGUCUGGCGGAUGCCAUCGAUGCUUAUAGCGGAGGUGUUGUUGUUGUCUCGCACGACUUCCGACUUCUCGACAAGAUUGCCAAGCAGAUUCUGGUGUGCGAGAACAGAUCGAUCCAGACCUGGGAUGGCAGCAUCGGCGAGUACAAGAAUUACCUCCGCAAGAAGAUGAUUUCUGCGGGUGCCGUCUAG